AGCCGCCAGGAGCCGGAGCCGGAGCUGGAGCGCAGGCCCCUGCCGGAGCCUAGUCUAGCCGAGCUCGUCGCGGAGCAUCGGCCUGAACGCGGGCCGGUGUGUCAGCUAGCCGCUGGGCCUGGGCGCACUGUCGGAGGAAGCGAGCCGCGACCACCGGGCACCACCGGGAGUCGGUGCCCGGAUCGCCCCUGCCAGGCCUGGGCCCGGCCUGAACGAGCAGUAGGUCGCGGGGUCUGGACCGAAGAGAAAAUGGAACGAGGAUUCCAUCUAAUCGUGGAGUGGGCUUAAAAGCGGGAAGAAGAGUGGAGACUUCACGUGGGACCGGGCAGAGGUGGCUGCAGCUUACUAGGCCAGGCUUGAGCACCAGACAGCCUGGCAUGCCAGCCGCUCGGCCAGGGUUCUGCCCUGCCUGAGCCAGGAGCACCGCAUAGCUCCUGGACCUUGGCUGGCACAGGCCUAGCACAAGAAGCAGCGCUCUCACCUGUCUGAGGAACUGUGCUUGGGCCUGGCCCAGAGUGGGACUCUUCGGUGGCCCAGCGCUGGUCACUGGGGAGCCGUCCUCCUGCCCCGGACCCACUGGUACGGAUGUGUCGCUGCCCGCUGGAGCACCAUGACGGCAGGAUGACCUCAGCGGAGGCGGUGGCUAGUGGUGCUCGGGGGGCUGGGUCCCCUGAGUGGCCGCCCGACACCCCCCAGGCCCUCGGGCGGCCUGGCCGGGCCCGGGUGGCCGUGGCGGCACUGGUGUGGCUGCUGGCAGGGGCCAGCAUGUCAAGCCUCAACAAGUGGAUCUUCACUGUGCACGGCUUCGGACGGCCCCUGCUGCUCUCCUCGCUACACAUGCUGGCAGCGGCCUUGGCGUGCCGCUGGGGGGCACAGCGCCCCAUGCCCCACCGCACUCGCCUCCAAGUGCUGCUGCUCAGCCUCACCUUCGGCACCUCGAUGGCCUGUGGCAACGUGGGCCUGAGCGCUGUGCCCCUGGACCUGGCACAGCUGGCCACCACCACCACGCCACUGAUCACGCUGGCCCUGUCCGCGCUGCUGCUCGGCCGGCGCCACCACCCGCUGCAAUUUGCCGCCAUGGGCCCACUCUGCCUGGGGGCCGCCUGCAGCCUGGCCGGGGAGCUCCGGACACUGCCCGCUGGCUGUGGCUUCCUGCUGGCUGCCACCUGCCUCCGCGGCCUCAAGUCCAUCCAGCAGAGUGCCCUGUUGCAGGAGGAGAGUCUGGACGCGGUGACCCUGCUGUAUGCCACCUCGCUGCCCAGCUUCUGCCUGCUGGCGGGUGCGGCCCUGGUGCUGGAGGCCGGUGUGGCCCCGCCGCCCGCCCCCGCCAGCUCCCAGCUCUGGGCCUGCAUCCUGCUCAGCUGCCUGCUGUCCGUGCUCUACAACCUGGCCAGCUUCUCCCUGCUGGCUCUCACCUCCGCCCUCACCGUCCACGUCCUGGGCAACCUCACUGUCGUGGGCAACCUCGUCCUGUCCCGGCUCCUGUUUGGCAGCCACCUCAGUGCCCUCAGCUACGUGGGCAUUGCACUCACCCUUUCAGGAAUGUUCCUUUACCACAACUGCGAGCUCGUGGCCUCCUGGGCUGCCCGCCGGGGCUUCUGGAGGAGGGGCCGGACUGGCAAAGGUCUUUGAGACCUAGGGGAACACCUGGGCUCCCUGGGACAGCCCCAGCCUGAAUCCAACCUUGGCCAGUGGCCAUGGGAAAAGCAGAGAGCAGGCAGCCACUGGGGCCAUGGGAGAAAGAGAGGGGCCUUCUGGAAGGGCCACCUUGGAGGCUGGAAUGGGGAUUCCCGGAGAGAACCACCUCCUGUCCCUUGCCUGCCUCUAACCACAGACCUCACUCACCACUGGAUGGUGGGUCCAGACCUAGCACAGGCACUGUGCUUCUUGGACUGAUUGUUAGGAUGAGCAUCAACUACUUCUCCAAAAAUUGCUGGCCAAACUUUGAAAACCUCACCAUGUUCUGAUGAUGAUGAUGAUGAUUCUUGGCGAUUGCACAAUCCUUCCUCCAGGAAGUGGGGGAGGCAGCUAGGGGGCCCAGGGAAAGGCCUUUUUGUUGCUGGGAUCCCCUGGGGAUUGGGGUCAUCUGUGCCAACUCUAGGCAGCUGCUGUAGCCUCACCCCUGGGCCCCCCAAUUUUGGGUCUUCCAUCCUCAAAUAAAGUAUUUUUGCUUGUA